UCCCUUUUCUUAAGUUAAAACCCCUUCUCUCACUCUCUUUCUCUCUCUGGUUUUGGUGAGUUCGAUCGACCGCUAGGCGAUCGAGCUGCAUUGCGAUCCGAAGGAGUCUCUUUAGUUGCACGUUCCUAUAAGUAUCGUUGCCCCAUCACGCCUUGGAGCCUCGUCAGCGGCAGUCUCCUCCGCCCUCGCUUGCUCGCCAAGCGCGAUCCGGAGUUUGGUGAAGGCGUCGGUUGAGCUGCAUGCUCUUUUUGUCUGCCCCUACGCACGCGCACUCUCUUCUUCUUCCUUGCUUUGUUUAUACCAGUGUAUUCUCGGAGCUUAGGUUGAUGGUUGGAACAAAUCUCAAGCGGCUGGGACUUUUCCCGAAAAGGAUCGAGUUUUGGCUAGUUGACUGAUUUCUUUGACUUUUCAAGGCGAGUUAAUUGGCCGGUCUACUGAUCUCCUUUCUUAAUUAGUGAAUUAUUCGGCGUACUUGCGUCUCAAAGGUUCGCAUUUUGUACUUUGCUGGUGAAAUGUAUUGAUCUUUAAUGCAAAUCUUGGUCCGCAGUUAGAAGUCUUGAGCGAUUGCGUUGGAGUUCCUUUAUGGGUUUUAUUUCAAUUUGAUUUGGAAUAGCUUGAUAUUUAGUGGAUCGCACCGAGAUUGGAGCCGUUGGAUAUGAAAAUGUGUCAUUUGUAGAAAAUCUAUUGUUGUUCUCCGGAUUUUGAUCUGAGUUUCUUUGUCUUGUUUCUGAUUCGUGGUUACUGUUUGGUUUUGUUUUUAUAUAGAUAUCUCUUUUGUGAAGAGUUGCAUUCAGUUGGAUCCGUGCAUACUGGUAUGUUUUUAUAUACAUCUCUUUUGGAAGACUUGCAUUUAGGUUAUUCAGUUGGAUCUGUGCUUGCUGUUAUGUUUUUAUACACAUCACUUUUGGAAGAGUUGAAUUUAGGUUAUCCACAUGGUAAUUUAAUUCAUUUUCAAAUUAUAUUGGUGAAAUAAAAAAGAGCAUUAGAUUUUUCUUGAUGCAUUAAUGUUUUGCUUAAAGGGACGCAGUUCAUGGUCUUAUACAAAUUGAUUCAAGGGAGCAAUUAGGAAGAAGAAAGGUGUUUUUUUAUUCGCCUGAUAUUUAGUGAUUCAGGAAAAAUGUUGAGGAUUCCUAAAUGGAAGAUUGAAAAGACAAAAGUGAAAGUCGUCUUCUGCCUACAGUUUCAUGCAACACAUUUAACCUGAUAUUAGUGCUGAUACUGGUAGCAAAAUACUUGCUCUGGACAAAUUAUAUUACACCUGUAGCAAGUAAUAAUGAGCAUGUUUAGAACAACUGCGAAAACAAAUAAAGUUAAUGUCAGAAAUGGGAGCUGCAAGUGGCCAGAUCCGAUCUAUGAAACUACAAGACUGCUCCAGGAUGCAAAGACUAAAACAUAUGAUGAGAAGCUGUACAAGCUUCUGGUGGCUACGGUAUUUAGUUCUUUUUUUACUUUGUAUUUUUUACUUUCUGUUCCUGGUCAAAUCACAAACUUAGACAAGCUUGCCACUGAAUGCCACUGCUACUUGAUUUACAUACCUUUUCAAAUGCUACAUGUCAUGUGAGGUAUACAUCUCAUCUUUAUUUAUUUGCUUUCUGGAAUGUAUUUCACAGGGGUCUUCCAGGUCAAGUUUCCUUGGAGAAGUUAAUAUCAACCUUGCAGACUUUGUGGAUGCACUAAAACCUUCAUCUGUUUUGUUACCUCUUACUAAUUGUGAUUUUGGAACAACAGUGUUUUUAUUAUUUUUGAACAUGUUUGAUUCUCUACCAUUUGGUAUGUCUUUAUUAUCAAAUUUAAGCCAAAAAUUGUGAAUCAGCACUUUUCUAGGAAAAUGUUAAAUUGGCAGUCCAGAAGUUGAUAUUUAGCAUUUGGUCUUUAACAUUUGAGACAUGAGUUGACAAUACAUUUCAAGUAUAUCUUCAAAUUUUUUUAAUAGUUUUGGUAGCUUAUAUGAGGCAUACUGGAUUCUUUGUUAGUUCUUGGUGGAGGGACAUUCAAACUUUAGGGAUUAUAACUUCUCGACAUGCUGAAUCUGAUGGAAGAAGGAUAAACAUAGAUUAUCAAAGUUAGACAAAUAUAUAGCAUACUUUUCUUUGCAAUAUUCUGUGACAAAAUUUUACACAUGAAAAUAGUGAUCCAUAUUUAUUUUUCUUGUAUUCUCUCUCUCCUUCCUCUCUUAUCUCCUAUUAUCCUCCUAGUAAACUAGCUAUUUAUGCUAGAUCUUGAAAGUUUCAUCAUGAAAUUUUUGACACUAGAAUUUGGAGAAAAUAAAAUUUUAUCGUAUUGCACAUAAAUAAGAUAACCACUAUAUAAGCACCUUGACUAGACACAAAUGAAUUUUUAUUUGAAUAAUGAAACCAGAUGAUUUGAAUACUAUCUGAGAUCAGAACCGGGGUUUAUGCAUCUUUUAGUUAAGCUCAAAUAUUUAUUUGCAGAAUACUAAAUCAGCAAUACCAUCAUGACUGACACUGAAGGUAUCAAAAAAUAUGUGCACAGAGAUGCAUGGGAUACUGAAAGGGGAUGACAGAGGCUAUAUAUUCUUUCAUUUACCACAACAAUGUCUGCAAAAUGUAUCAAUGUAAAUUUCAAUUAAUUAAAUCCUUAUAUUGGGAUCAUUUCUAUUGAAUUAUGAAAAACUCAUAGAAACUAAGGGCUUUAGGUUAAGAAUUAAGUAGAGGCAAAGAGGAAAUUUAAUAUCAACUUAAAACCAAUGGAGAAGUUAGUAAAUAUUUUAGGUAUUUUAUAUAUAUUGUUCCAGAAGAAGGAAAAAUGUGCUAUUGAAGUUGACAACUUUUGUGGAUCUAUUGAAGUUUAAAAUUUGGUAAGAAGUUACAAGAAUUAUAGGUUGGAAUAAUGAUCAGUGAAUAAAGAAUCUGUACAACAGAUGGCAUGAGGAUGCGCAGUGGGUUUGUGGUAUUACUAGAAGAAAUUUAAUAAAGAAGAUUCUUUGUACACAAGGAUUAGGUCUGUCAGCUUGGAGAAUAAAAUGAAGAAAAAUCAUGAAGGAUGGUAGACCAAAAAAGGACUGGUGGAUGGUGUUUGGUGAGAUUAAUUGAGUAUUUAGGGUCAAGGGGUAAGGAAGACUCGAGAAGAACUUAUAAUAUGGAAGUUGCCAGGCUGCUGGUUAAUAUGAUUGGUAAAGGGCUUUGGUCUGUUUGGGACCAAACCUCACCUUUAUUACUGAAAUGGGGUUCUCCUCAAAUAAAAGAGAUUAUACUACACUACAAAAAUAAAAUAAAAUCUCUGCCUCUUUGUAGAGCCAGCCUUAGGCUGUUGGGUCAUUGUGGCUUGCUUUUUUUAUUAGAUUCAUUUACUGCUAUUUUAUCCUUCGUCAUUGUAAUGGUACUUUUUCUCUGUCUUUUUUUGGGUGUAUUCCAGGUCACAGUACAACUUCUUACUUCCAAAACUGGUUUCAGAGAAUUUGAGCAGCAAAGGGAACUGAGUGUAAGGGGGAUUCAGAUGAUAUCUAGCAAUAAAAAUUAUCCGGUUGAUACUGAAGUUGCAUCACCAGAGAUAGUUAAUGAAGUAGCAGACAAGGUUGUACAUAAAUCCCUUUUCAACCAGGAGACCUACCGUCUGAACUUGCUUUCAAAUUCUUGAAAUCAAGUUAGUUCCACCAACACAUUAUAAAAUGCAAGUGUGGAAAUUGUUGUAGCUUCAUAACUUCUCAAUUGGAAAGCUUGGGUACCUUGGCAGCACAACCCCAAUUUUGGUACAGGCGAGUGUGAUAGAGUGAUCCAUUGAAAGACUGCUGUGCUAGCUAGUUCUAUGAUCCAGUCUUGAAACAUCUAAAUGAUCAUGCCAACUUGAUUUUUCUGGCCCUAAAGAUUUUCAAAACAAUUGCAUGCCUCAUUUUGGCAACUGCUCAUGGAACGCCUUGUUAUAUCUUUAAACUCAUUUAUACAACAACAACCAAGCCUUUUCCCACUAGGUGGGGUCGGCUUUUAAACUCAUUUAUCUGCUUUGAUAAUUUCUAGCAAUGAGCAAAUAAAUUGUUUUGCUCUUGAUGACAUCUCUGUAUCACAUCAAUUGGAAGCCAGAAACUAUAUGCAAGUUAUUGCAAGUCUGGAACAGUUCAAGCAAGAAGCGACAGAGAACAUACUUCAGUUGCUUAAAGAGAAUAUGAAUAAUAUAAAGGAAGAGAGAGAUAUUUCUCAGAGAUCUCAAAACAACACAGAACUAAAUUAUCUGAAUAUGAAGCAGAAGUUUGAAUCUGAUAUAAAUGCAGUAACUGAAAAGCUAGUAAUGUCCAAUGCUUUGGUUGAAAAGCUUCAAAAAGAACUACAAAAUGCUUCCGAGAAGCUUAAGAUCAGUUCAGAUACUGAAGAGAAAACCGAAUCUAUCAAUAGAGAACUGUCAUCAAAAUUGGCAACCUUAGAAAUGGAAUUGCAGCAGACUGUUGAAGAGAACAAGGAUCUAGUUAACCAGCUAAUUCUACUAGCAACUGUUAAGGAGGAUCUUGCAAAAACUCAGAUCAGUCUUACGUAUUGUAUGGAAGAGAAGAGGAGUUUGUUGUUGUCUAUACAGUCAAAGAAUGAGGCUUCCGUCCAAAUGGAAAAUGAGAUUUACAGUUUGAAACAAAGUCUGCAACUCAUCCAGAGCGACAUGCAGACAGAGAAAAGAAUGAGAAAGGGACUUGAUGAUGCAGUUGCAAGCCUUUCAGCACAGUUUGAGGAAAAAGAAUGUCAGCUGUUAUCUUUUUAUGAAGGAAAAAUGGAAGUGGCACAGCUGCAGGAUAUGAUUUUGGAGUUAGAAAGAACAAACAUUGGGUAUAAGGAUCAACUUAUGAAGAGUGAAGAAAGCCGAAGUAGUUUAGAGAGUGAGAACUCAUCCUCGAAAGUUGAAGUUGUGGAUGUGAGAAAUCAAUUGGCAGAACUUCUCGAGACUUCACUGGCCUCUGAAAUUGAAGUUACAGUUAUGCAAAGUCAUUUCUGUGACAGGAUGCAGGAUUCCUUUGCACAACUUAAGACAGUUGAAAGAAAGCUUGAGGAGAUGACCUUAAAAAAUGCAGAUCUUAUUGCUUCACUUGACACACUUGCUGAGAAAGAAUCACUGUUAAUAGACAAAAAUGGAAAGUUAUCUAUAGUUCUUCAGUCAUUACAAUCUGAUUUUGAUAUUAUUUUUCGGGAGAAAGAGAGCCUUAUUGAUUAUGUAAACAAAAAAAAUGCAGAACUUGAAGAGGUGCAGCUUAGAGCUGCAACAGUGGAAGCUGACAGUAAUUGUCACAUGAAGAAAUAUGAAGGUGAGAUUUGUCAGCUGAAAAACAUUAUGAUCUUUUGUGAAGAAGAAGUGUGCAACUUAAGGUCAUCUAGGGAUGCAUUAGAAAUUAAAAAUGUGGUACUGAAAUCUAAACUAGAGGAACAACAUAGAAAAAUAUAAUUGCUUGAGGAAUGUGAGUCUCAGUUGAGAGCCUUGCAAGAGCACAACGAGGAGUUUAGUUGUAGACUCUCAGAACAGGUAUUGAAGACAGAAGAAUAUAAGAGAACCUGUCCAACCUUCUAAGGGAACAAAGAGAUAAAGCAGAGGCAGAGUGUCUUCAGGCUCGAGAAAAGAAGGAGAAUGAGAGAUCAUCAUAGGAGUCACUGAGAAUUGCUUUUAUUAAAGAACAGUAUGAGUCCAAGAUCCAGGAGCUGAAAAAUCAGUCGUUUGUCUCCAAGAAGUAUGCAGAAGAAAUGCUAUUGAAAUUGCAAAAUGCUCUUGAUGAAGU